CGUCCUCCUGUGGCACGGGGAGUUCGUCUGCGAUGGAAACCGGUGUACGGGAGCACCGGGUUGGCCGCGGCGGCGGAAACACGACGGCGCAGCAACGGCAAUAAUAUCCGCAACGACGCAGCGCCGGCGAAGCGGACGGCCACGCGCUCGGCCGAUGAGAGCCUCUCGGCGUCGCAGCGGUACCGCGGCGCCAGGGCGCACCCUCCCAGCCGCCGACGCAGCAACCAGAGGGCACCAUCGGCGAGAGCGGCGGCGGCGCGGCGGACAUGGGGAACGCCAUGCCCGCGCGGUGCUAGGGGCGCUAGUGCCGAUGGAGGAAAGGAGCCGCUGGAUCAGGUGCGCCUUCGCCGGAUCCACUCAUUCCAGCUCGUUGGCCGGCCUCCCUCCCCUGCUCGCCGACGGCCGCCGCAGGUGAGCGGCUCCAUUCAUAUACUAGAAAUUGGCACUGGUAAGCUGCCGAGGCUUCUCCAAGUUCCUUAUCCACUGCUGACCAAGACUUGUACUAGUAUUGUUUUAUCUGCAAGACCAAGACUCCGAGACAUCCCAAAAAUAUUCUCUAGUUGCGUUUCACUUUCUUUCCCUGUCGCUAGUGAUCACACAUGCAUUCACACCAAUCUAAGUUUGAUUUUCCACACCAGCUUGAUCGCACCCUCUUACUCUCUCCACUCAGUGCCUUUCGGCCAAUUAUAUUCCAACAUGUAGCCAAGUGGAGGCUCUCAUUCUUGAUUGAAGUCAAAUAAAUAUUCUUGACCGACUUGCCUAUGUAGGAUAAUAGAAUUGGUGUAAUGGAUGAAUAUUUUGCAUUGAGGCCUCAGCCGGUAUAUAUGAGAGUACAUGACUUGGGGGGCAAGGCUCCCCGGGAUACAUAUGGCAGUCUACGAUACGUAUAUCUACAACUACCAAAUAUACUCUAAUAGCCUACCUCUUUUUCCCUUGUAUAGAACCAAAUCCUCCACACCCUAGACUUGCAUGGCAUACCUCCUUUUCCCUGUCAAAGUCUUCGAUAUCAUUGAAUUCUCUUUUAAGUUCUCAUCUUGCCUCAUUGUAUGACUUUACCCUCGAGAUAUCGCUGCAUACAAGAGGUAACUGUCCAUGUGUUCUAAGGGAAGGGAUAAAACAGAUCCUUGAAUCCUGAUGGCGGAGAUUGUCGGGUCUGCAGUUGUCCAGGAGACGGUUAGCUAAAUCCUCUCUAAUCUGGUUCAAAAUUAUGGGGAGAAAGAGAAAUCAAAUGCGAACAGAAACUUGGAGAGGUUAGAGAUGGCACACAUCAGGCUGGAGGCUGCUCUUGAGACGUCAGAAAAGUGGCAGAUCACUGAUGUGUCCUUGCUGCGUUGGCGCAGGAAGCUGAAGCGUGCUGCCCAAGAGUGUGACGACACUCUGCAUAAAUGCAAACAGAGGAUCCUAGAAGAAGAGACAGAACAGAGGGUGAGAAAUUCCCCAUUUCCUGUACGUAUAGCACAUACUACUAAGUCAUUUGUUUUCUCCAUCUUUAGCCCCAACAAUGACGAGUCGAACAGUUCCAUUGUUAGAAGAUUUGAGUGGUUUGCAGAUGGUGCUAGUGAGUUUCUGAGAUUAGUAGAGCUUGGUGGCACGCCCUAUUGUCACAUGCCCUUUGACACUCUUAUCAGGCACCUUCUUACAGGCAAGAAAUUGCAGCACAGAAUCAUUCGAGCAAACAAGUGCCCUUUGUUUCUACAGUUGGUUCCCUUUAUUACUGCAGAAUAUCGAAUAGAGGCCAGACUCAUCUUUAUUCAGACAGAUGGUAAUGUAUCGGAGGACGACUUUUUCCUUUCUAUAAUGCUACAGCUUUCAGAGAGUACAGACAUAGUAGGGACUGCAAUUAAGUGCCUACAACCGUAUGCCCCUAUUUUCAAGUCAACAGUUGAAACCGUUAGAAAAGAACUUGUACAACUAGCUACAGAAGACUUCUCAUGGGUGCCACAUGUUGAUACACACCACAAAGAACAUUGGGACAAUCUUCACAGCUUUGGCACUGAUUGGUUUCGCCCAAACCCAUUAUGUUGCAAGCAGAAUGAUCAGCACAAGCUCUAUCAUGGUAGAAAGUUAAACACGUCAAGAUUACUAGAUGUCUCUUUAGAACCAGUUAUUGAAGUACAUCUGCAAUGCCAUAUCUCGCUCUCAGAGUGCAGCCAACAUAGGUCCUUACUGUUUGAUACAAAAAGUUCUCUACCAGAUUCUUCAUAUCUGAAAGUUGGACUCCUUUUGACGCCCCAUGGGUAUGUAGAAGAUAUCCUACUUGUGGAUAGAAGUCCUGCAAUACCGGCAAUCUACAGCAAGGAGCAGCAUUGUUUGCAUACAGAUUUCACCUUUGGCCAACUUGGAGAGAUCAUGCUGCCAAAGGCAAUAGAUUACUUCUGCAAGAAUGACGAAGCAACAGUCUACCAAAUGCUUUGGAAACCAAAACAUGGCGCUGCAUACAUUCAGGUUGAGAAGGCAAGCAUGAGCUCACGGAGAACAAGCAUGAGAACACGGAGAAAUUUUCAGGGACCUAGGAAAGGAAAGAUGUUGCAAUGGCAUGAUCAAGAGAUAGGGAGACAGACAAACACGAUCUUUCAAUUCCUCAACCUGUGGGUUGCACAUGCACCUGUCCAGCUGCAAGGCUCGAUUGUGGACUGGAUUCAGAAAGAAAAGGAAAGUCAGUUAGCAGCAUUGCAAUACAUCUGAAAUUCUUAAACCAUCUAGCAUGGAUGGAUAAGGGAAAUGAGAAAUACAAGACUGGGAAUCGGAUGUUCUAGGGAACACAUCAAUAUUUGGAGUUACUAUUCAUAGCUGGGCACGACUAUGCCAGAAACAUAAAAGACCUAUGUCGUCAGAGCAAAAUCCUAGCAAGAAGGUUGUGAAGUUACAUCUCAGCAGUCUAUUCUGUUGCCUAACAAAGUUACAGUUACAAUUAUAAUUAGAGGUACUAAGUUGUACACUAGGAACUUGUGCAUGUGUAGCCCAUCACUCAUUUUUAGUUUUCGUGUGGUGUCGCUUGUUUCUCGCCAUCUGAUCUCAUUUAUCAAAAUUUAAUUUAUCUUUCAGCGUCUGUAGUUAUUUUUUGCCAUGAGAAUUUUAAGUGGGUGGUUAUGUACCUUGUAUUAUCACCAUUUUAGAGGAAAAGUAUAAGGAUACUGCUCUAUUGUA